AUGCUAACGCCUAGAAUAGAAUUGACCAUUCUGGUCUUAGUUAAUCGGCUAGAAGGAAACAGCUCAAGAACAAUGGAAGAUGUUAGGUACGGGUUUCUCAGUACACUGGACCAUUUACCAUGCGAUGUGAUUCGCACCCUCUGGACUAUACAAUCAUUGGAUAUAGGUGAUACUAAUAGAGAUGGAUGUCAUUCAGAAGAGAUGCUGCGACAAGCGCAACAUCUCUUAGAGUUAGUACGGCAAGAACAUUCACGGCUCAAUUUUGAAAAACAAGAAUUGGAGCGAUUCUCUCAGAUUAAGGCAAGGUACGAUAGUCACUUGAAGAAACAACCGAAAUUGAAACCUUUGCCUCAUCACAAACCGAUCAAGAUUAAGAUCACUAUGAAAUCAAGGUACCCAGAGGCAGAAAGGGAACAGAAACUGAUUCAGCAAGAACAUGUGAAUCAUGAUAAGACGCACAAGCCAGAGACAGAGACGUACUGUUUCUGUAGAGAUGUGUCGUAUGGACCCAUGGUUGCUUGUGAUAAUGAAUCUUGUGCCAUCGAAUGGUUCCAUUACCCCUGUGUAGGAUUAUCAGCCGCACCCAAACCCAAUGAGAAAUGGUUUUGUAGUGACAUGUGUAGGAAACAGUACUCCAAUCAUCGGAAAAAGAGCAAGAGAAGAAAGCGUUGA